GAUGACGGUCUGGUCGUGGUGAGCAUCAGCAAUCCAAGCAACCUCAGCAUUUCCUCCUUCUACUCAGACCUCGCUUUCGGCUUCCUCGAACAAGCUGAGUUCAUUGCGGUCUCUGGAGACUAUGCCUACGUCACGGGCGAAGCGGGUAGCCUUGCCGCGAUCGAUAUCAGCAACCCCACGAGCCCACGCCUACACGGGGCCGUUCAUGAUGCAGAGAAGCUGGAUGGUGCCGAGGGCCUUGCGAUCGCUGGCAACUAUGCCUAUGUGGCCGCCAACGACUACGACGGCCUGGUCGCUGUUGACAUUAGCAACCCCAGCAAUCCCACCAUUGUGGGCUUCGUCCAGGACGAUGACAAGUUUGAUGGGGCCACAGACGUCGCGAUUGCCGAGCACUAUGCCUUUGUGACAGCAUACGAAGAAGACAGGGUGACAGUCGUGGACAUUAGUGACCCCAGCAACCUCAGCGUCGUAAGCUUCUUGGAAGAUGACAGUCUCGACGGAGCCGAGCAGAUUGUGAUCGUUGGGGACUACGCCUAUGUGAGUGCCUACUCGGAGGACAGCUUGACCGUUCUCAACAUUGCAGACCCGCGGAACCUCACCAUUGCUGGCACCAUCAAGGACAGCCGGCUUGAUGGAGUGCGGGGCCUUCAGGUUGUCGGGGACUGGGUGUUCAUGACCUGCUACAGAGAGCACGGCGUGGCUUCGAUCAACAUUGCUGACCCCAGCAACAUGUCCAUUGCGCACUUCCUCCGAGACGACGAUCGCCUUGAUGAUGCCAGGCAGCUUCAGGUCGUGGGGAAUUAUGCUUACGUGACGACGAAUGAUCAUGAUGGCCUGGCCGUCGUCGACAUCAGCGACCCCUACAAUCUCACGGUCGUGGAGUUCACGGAAAGCCUCCCGCACUUCGAAGGUUCCAGAGGCAUUGCGAUCGUCGGAGGCUACGCGUUGAUUGUGGCUCACGACACCGACAUGCUCACUGUGGUCAGCAUCCUCGCGACCACCACCACCACGACUUCGCUGGUGACGGUCACGGCCACGACGGAGACAGCCACGACGUUGACAGCCACCACUAUGACGGCCACGAUAGUGACGGCCACUACCACAGAGACGACAACCGAGACCCUGACUGCCACUUCGCAAACGGCCACGGCCACUGCGACGACGUCGGUGACCACGGUUGCUACGGAGAAUCUCGACAUAAGCCAUGCCGUGCAAUUCGGAG